UUGAUCGAUCUGAUAUGGGGGAAAGGGACACCGACGUUGGUUGAAGAAGGCAUUAAAAUAUCUAAAACAGGAGGCGAUCGCGGGAGCGUUGGGGAAGGGAAAGGAAAUAGGAAAAAUCAAAGUAGGUGGACACGUGUUACGCCGAGAUUGGCUCUUGGGAACCGCCCAAUCUACAGCAGCAAGCGGCGGGAGGAGUAACUUAACUGCCUCUUGGUUGGCAGAGGCAGUCAGUCAGUCAGUCAGUCAUCUCCAUCCCCCCUCCUCCUCUAUUAUGAUUAUUAUUAUUAACUUUCCAUUUCUGGUUCAAAAAUAUCCAAUUGGGAGUGGAGUAGUAGAGUGUCUUUUUGUCUGAGUCUGAGUAGAGAAUAAUGGAGUAGAGUGGAGAGUAGAGUCAGUGAGUGUCAAAAUCAAAAUCAUGGCGGCGGUGGUGGUGGUGGGUUCUCAUUCUCUACUGCAAUUAGGCAUAGGGAAGAGGAGAAGGAGGAGGAGGGCACCACCCCUGCGACCAUUUCGACCUUCCUCUGAGUUCAUCAUUUCCAAUCAUUCUCCCCCCUCCUUUCUCUUACCACCCCAUGCCUCUCUUCCUCAACACCCCAAGUUGUUCUUCGGCAGCGAAGGCGGCCCCUCCUCCUCCUCCUCCUCCUCCUCCUUAUCGCUCCAUCACCGACUCAAACCCAUCCCUGCUCUCGACUCCGAGGGCUUUGCCCACGACCACCAGAGAUCGGUGACUAGGAAUAGCGGAUUGGAGCAAUGGGAUGCGUUGACGGCCAAGUUCGCGGGAGCUGCAAAUUUACCAUUUUUAUUGCUGCAAAUUCCUCAGAUCGUACUCAAUGCUCGUAAUCUCUUGGCCGGGAAUAAGACUGCACUCUUGGCUGUUCCAUGGCUGGGGAUGCUCACUGGAUUGUUGGGGAAUCUGUCGUUGCUGUCCUACUUUGCCAAGAAGAAGGAGAAAGAGGCGGUGAUGGUGCAGACAUUGGGAGUCAUAUCCAUAUAUGUGGUCAUUGCUCAGCUCGCCAUGGCCGAAGCUAUGCCUCUCCCUCAUUUCAUCGUCACUUCUAUUGUUGUUGCCUCCGGUCUCGUUUUGAACUUCUUGAAUUACUUUGAUUUGCUCAGUGCUGGAAUCUGGCGCUUUUGGGAAGAUUUCAUUACCGUGGCGGGCCUCUCCGUGCUUCCCCAAGUUAUGUGGUCAACAUUUGUCCCAUAUAUUCCCAACAGUAUUUUGCCAGGGAUAACUGCAUUUUUCUUAGCUGUGGUGGCUGUUGUCAUGGCACGAAUGGGUAAACUUCCAGAGAAAGGUAUCAAAUUUGUUGGAUCUAUAUCUGGAUGGACUGCCACACUUCUCUUCAUGUGGAUGCCGGUUGCACAAAUGUGGACUAAUUUCCUGAAUCCUGAUAACAUCAAAGGUUUAUCAGCUGUAUCAAUGUUGCUUGCUAUGAUUGGGAAUGGACUAAUGAUCCCACGUGCUCUCUUUAUCCGUGAUUUCAUGUGGUUCACCGGCUCAACUUGGGCAUCUGUUUUUUAUGGAUGGGGGAACCUCAUAUGCUUGUAUUGUUUUAACAGUAUCAGCAAGGAAUUCUUCUUGGCAGCAACAGCUGGCUUGUACAUUUGGAUAGGUACUGCUUUUUGGAGAGACACCAAAGCGUAUGGAUACAGUUCACCAUUGACAUCUAUAAAGGAGUUGGUUUUUGGACGUUAAUUUUACCCACAGUUGCUUGUACUAAUGUUGUUGGCAUGGCUACGCGUUGGUGGUUAAUUGAUGAUACACAAGGAACAAGUUUGGGUGUUAUGUAAUGCAUUGCUUCUCAUCUUUCAUUCAGCUGCCAGUUCUUGUUUCAACCAGGGAAUUGGUGUCAGAUCACAGUUUGAAUUCGAAAUGCUACCACUGUUUGUCAUUUAUGAAACAUUGCAAGCAUAUGUUUUUAACUGUUGAUGGUGCAAGGAUUGUAGCACAAUCCACUGGUGGAAACUGACUAAAUUCAUAUAUACAUUGAAAGUUGAAGAGGAUUCCUGACACAAUUAUAUGUAACGGAGCAUCAUUAUUUUUACUAAUGUCUACAAGCAACUAUUGUUGAUUUAGAAUGGUUUUCUUUUAUGAAUAAAGCCAAAUGUACAACCUUAAUUGCUAGUAUAUAUCUACAGCCCUUUCUUUUCACAUUUCAGGGGAGAGAAUAAAGCCAACUCUUUAAAUAACAA